GGGGAGGGAGAUACUCUUCGGGGGGGAAAACCUCAUCGCCAGCUCUCGGGAGGUUUUUUAAAAAAAGUGCCACGACUUCACGCCGUCAGCCGCAGGAGGACGCGAGCAACGAUCGCUGGCUGUAGAUCUGUGUGCUCUCAGUCCUGGAUAGCCUACGUUGGGAACGGGACUGUUUUUUAGCAUCUCCAAACGUCUGCAAAGACGUCUGCAGGGAGAAAACUCGGGCAAGUGUUUUAACACUGCCUGUCCGAAUCAGAAAGAUUUCUGAGAAAGCUGCGGAGGGCCCGUGAAGGGGUGCACGGUUAAGACCAGGGAGCAAGAAUGGAUUUUUAUGACCCUCAAACCCUAGGUGUCAUGGUCUUUGGAGGAUUCAUGCUGGUCUCAGCAAUUGGGAUAUUCCUGGUCUCCACCUUUUCCAUGAAGGAAACUUCUUUUGAAGAAGCUUUGGCAAAGCAGCGCAAGGAGCUCGAGAAAGCCAGCCCCCACAAGGCAGAAAAGAAAAAGAAAGAGAAACUUGCUGAGAAGAAAGGAAGGGCAAAAAAAAAGGAGAAACCCAAUGGAAGAAUAUCUGAGCCAGACGGGGGUCUGGAUGCUUCUGACAGUUGUAAAGACAAGAGCCCUGAACCAGUUUUGGUCAUUGAACCAACAGUCUUUGAAUCACCCAUUGCAUCUCUUUCGGCUCUUGAGGAAAAGCCAGCCCCAUCUCCUAAAGACAAGAAAAAGAAGGAAAGGAGAGUGGUGAAGGUAGAGCCAGUUCCCAGCCUGACAGUUUUUUCUCCACCAAUAAGUGCCUCAAAAGAUCUGGUUUCUGAUGUGUCUUCCAAGGAAAUGCUAGUAGGUCCUCUUCCACUAGCUGGAGCUCAGCAGAAUGCUUCAUUAACUAAUUCUAUCAACAAAAGCCAAGCUCUUGGAAACCAAGAGGAACUAAGGCAUGAUGGAGCUUCUAACAAGAAAGCCAUUGCUCCAAAGAAAAGUGAAUCAGGUACCACAGAUGUAGAGAGUAUACUUAGCCUUCCAUACAAGACCUUAAUUUCCGUAAUUAACAGCAUGGUUUUUGGUGAAGGUGAGGCGCAGCAACUGAUUGAAAUUCUGGCAGAGAAGGCAGGAGGUGCUCAGGAUCCAUGGUUUCUGGCAACUCAGAAAAGCGACCCCAUUGCUGUUCUGAAACGACACCUAGAAGAUAAAGAGAAGCAACUUGCAGUGGAGCAGGAAAAUGCAACUGCUGCAAAAGCUAAACUGAGGGAACUGUCAAAGGAACUUGCAGCUGAGAAGGCAAAAGCCCUUACUGUUGAGAAUAAGUUGAAGGAGCAACUGCUGACACAUGAGCAAGAGAUGUCUGCUGUACAAGCCCGUAUGCAGGCCAUUUACCAGGAUCAUGAGACUGAGAGACAACAGUUGCAAGGAAAGAUUCGAACUCUACAAGAACAGCUGGAGAAUGGCCCUAAUACCCAGCUUGCUCGCUUACAGCAAGAAAAUUCAAUUCUCAGAGAUGCUUUAAACCAAGCCACAAGCCAGACUGAGAGCAAACAAAAUGCCGAACUGGCCAAACUGCGUCAGGAAUGUACCAGACUAGACAAGGAGUUGACGGAAAAGCUGGAGGUGUUACAACAAGUAGAAGAACAGAAAAAGUUAUUGGAGAUGAAGGUUGUUGCUUAUGAAGAACAAAUCUGCCAGCUCCAGCUUAAUUUUACCCCCAUCUCUUUCACGCAGACAUCCCAAAAAGAAAAUGAGGCCCCCUUGCAGAAAAGCUUGGAUGAGAUCAAUGAGCAACUCUGCAAAUCCCAGGCCAGUUAUCAAAACUUGCAGAAAGAGCUGGAGAAGGCAAAAGAGCAGCAGUCCAGUCUUACUGAACUUCAAUCUAAACUUCUGUACUGUGAAAUGGAGGUGAAGAAUAAGGUGGAAGAACUAAAUAGUUUACGGGUUAAGUUGUCAGAAGCCACUUCCAAAAAUGCACAGCUUGCAGAAAGGAUUAAAUUGACUGAAGCCCUCUUAGAAGCAGGCCAAAUGAGAGAAGUGGAGAAAAACCAAGCUGUACAGGAAGCAAACCAAACAGAAGUCAGCCUGCUGCAGUUAAGAUUCCAAGAAUCAUCCAUGCAGGUCUCCACAUUAGAGAAUGAAGCUGCAGAACUAAAACAGAAAGUUGAACAGUUGAAAAUAAAAAACAAUGACUUGGAGAAAAAAAACUUAGAAGCCGUGGAAGCUCUGACUUCAGUGGAAAAGGCAUGUGAAGAAAAACUGCUCUCUUCAACUAAAGCAAAGGAAGCUUUGGAACAGCAGCUGGGAAUAAUUCAAGCACAAACAAAGAAGGUGGUCUUCUCACUUUUCCCACAGAUUGAGUUAGAUGAUCAGCAGGCUUAUGAUGAAUGGCUGCAGCAAUUUAAAGAAAAGGUUUUAGAAACACUGCAACAGAAGGAUACAAAAACAGAAUCUGAAACAGCACUUUCAUUAAGAGAAGCAAAUGAGGCACUGAGCACGCUACAAGCAGAAUGUGAUCAGUAUAGGACCAUUCUUGCAGAGACGGAAAGGAUGCUCAAGGACUUGCAGAAGAGUGUGGAGGAGGAGGAGCAGGUAUGGGAAGCAAAGCUGAUUGCAUCAGAAGAAGCACUUCAGAAGUCCCAAGACCAAAUAAAAUAUCUUGAAGAUGAUGUGGAAAAGUUCAAGAUGGAACUCCAGAAUGCAGACAAGAUAAAAGAGUACACUUCUCUUUUGGAAGCACAGUUGGAAAAUCACUUGGCAACAGCCAACUCUGAACGCCAAAAUUAUACAAAAGAAGUUGAAGUUUUGAGACAACUGUUAUCUGAAUCCCAAGAAACCCUGGAUGCAGCAAAAACAGAAGCACUCAGACAAAACCAGGAGCUUGCUCAGGCUCAGGAUUUGGUGUGCAGCUUGCAAGCUGAACAGGAGAAGCUCAGACUUGAUGGAAAUGUGGCUGCCUCUGCAAAGGAGGAUGUUCUCCGACUCCAGGAAACCUUGGACAAGGAGAAGAAGUUAACGAAGGACCUGGGAUGUGCAGCUACCAAACUAAAAGAGCUUUUGAAGGUCACUCAAGAGCAGCUGGCCAAGGAAAAAGAAACAGUGAUGAAGUUGCAAGAACACCUUCAGGAAAGGGGAGAAAAUGAAGACAAGGAAGGUACAUCCGUUUGACAAAACCCAAAUCCAGGAUAUGCUCUUCACCAUACUAAAGGCCUUAUACUUUCCUAAACUAUGCACUUGUUCAGUGUAGAGAGAAGCAAAGAAAAAAGAUGCUAGUGACCAGAAACCACCAUAGCUUUUUAAAGGAAUAAAAAUAAACUCUGCAGGAACCAG